AUGUUUGUGACCCUUAGAGACGGCACCGGAUUCUUGCAGGUCGUCCUCACCGGCCGCUUGUGUCAAACGUAUGCGGCGCUCACUCUUCAGACCGAAUCCACGGUUCAAGUGUUCGGUACACUGAAGGAGACACCGGAUGGUAAGAUAGCGUCUGGAGGUCAUGAAUUGCAGUGCGACUACUGGGAGCUGAUUGGGGUCGCACCGGCCGGUGGUGUGGACCACGUGCUCAACGAGGAGUCCUUCAUUGACGUCCAAUUAGAUCAAAGACAUCUGAUGUUGAGGGGAAAGGUGUUGUCCAAAAUAAUGCUCUUCCGAUCGCUGGUGAUGCAGACAUUCCGCGAGCACUACCUGUCCCGGGGAUACGUGGAGGUGACUCCACCUACUUUAGUGCAGAACCAGGUGGAGGGCGGGUCUACUCUAUUCAAGUUCGACUACUUCGGCGAAGAGGUAGUGGCAUACCUGACCCAAUCGUCUCAACUGUAUUUGGAGACACUAUUGCCGUCAUUGGGGGCCGUCUUC